AAAUACGAAACUGCGUAUAUAAAUUUGACAAACCUCUCUCACUCAACGUUCUUUCUGAAAAUUGUUGCACAUGGUAUAAUAUCUGCAUAUUCUUGAAAUUUUGAAGUUUUUCUUGAUAAACUUCAAUGAUGAGUAAGAAAACUGUUAAGAAGAAACCCUAUAUUCAGAAAAAGUUUGAUGUUGCUGUGGCAUUGAAAGAACACAAAAAGGGGAAAAACGACCUCUACCUGGAUCUUAUGACCCAGUUAAAAAAGUAUCAAGAUGUGAAGUUAUUAAAAGCCUACCUGACUGACUUCCAGGAUUGUGUUAGUCUCCUGGAUGGGCGUUACUAUGAUUUUGUGCGAGAUGUAUCGAUUGUAAAUUGGUUUGUAAAUGAAGCUCUGAGCAAACACUAUCUAUCAUUUCUUAAAAGAUUGGUUGUGGCACAACCUGUUCACUUAAAAUUCAUUCUUCAGAAGUUGUUGCAACAUUUUAAACCUGUGUUAAAUUCUUCUGUUCCUGUGGAUAUUCAACAAAAAGAACAUUUGAUAUUAUGUGGUCACAUUCAGCUUGCUCUGAAAUCUAUCUUUGGCAAUAUGCCUAUGAUGCCGAAUGUCUUAAUGAGUCUUCUUUCGAAAGAAUUUCCUUAUUUCAAAGGCAAUGUUUUCACGGUAGAAUGCUAUACUCGAAAUUUACUACAGAUUUCAAUGUUCAUGCCUGAUCAUCGUUACAAAAUCUUGGAACUUAUCAUAACAAAAAUGGUUAAUUUUGAUUUGCUGAGUCCUCACCAUGAAAUAUUUGCUGAGAAUGAAAGUGAUGAUCUGACUGAGAUGAUUGAUGUGGUUGCUAAAACUGAAUUUGAUCUUAAUACUAACCAGUUGAUGAAACAUCCACAAGCUGAAAUGUUAGAUGUUCUCAUGAACAUACUGUUAUCUCACAUACAGAAUGUGGCCUAUAAUAAUUUUGAGAAUACCUCAUUACCGGAUGGUAAUAUGCAAACUAAAAUCGAUUUGCCUAGUUGUAAGAAACUGUAUCGUGAAUUAUUACUUAUAUUUGAGAAUGUCAUCUUACCAACUCACAAAACUUAUCAUGUACAGUUUUUCAUGUUUUAUAUAUGUAAAUAUCAUAUAUUAUUGUGUGAUGGAUUUUUGGAUUAUCUCUGGAAAAAAUUCAGCAACCCAAAUACAGAACCAAUUUUCCGAGUAACUUGCAGUUCUUAUUUGGGGAGUUUCCUUGCUAGGUCGAAAUAUGUACCUGUCAGUUCUUUAUUAGUAUGCCUUGAAGUAUUCUGUCAGUGGAUUCACGACUACAUUGAUAUGGCUAGUAACAAUAAAGACAAGAAACCAGCAUUUCUUAAAAACCACGAACCAUUUUAUUAUUUAUGCCAAGCUGUAUUUUAUGUAUUUGUCUUCCGAGUUCGUGACAUUCUCGAUUCUGAAAAAGCCAUUAGAAGAGCUCUUAGUUGGAAUUUUCAACGUAUCAUCACCUGCUAUUUAAAUCCUUUGAAAUUUUGUAUGCCCCAGCUAGUGAACAAGUUUGCUUCAAUAACUGAACUCUACCAGUUGGCAAUGUGUGACACUAUUAUUGAGAAAAACCGGCGUGAAAUUCUCAAAGAAGAAUCAUUUCAGAUUGCUUAUGUGGACAGAGAUUGUAUUCUUAACUCUUUCUUUCCUUUUGAUCCUUAUUUAUUAUCAAGGUCUAGUCCUUUUAUCCAACCAAUAUACAGAGAAUAUGAUACAACAGUUCCCAACAAUCAAGCUACAUAUCUAAAGAAUCGUAUUGAUGAUGAUGAUGAUGACUUUUUACCACAAGAUGUCAAUGAUGCUGAAGAUAAGACAAUUCUUUCAAUUGAUGAGUUCUCUCUUUUUAAUGACUGUGAUAAGGAAAUCAUCUCUGGCGGCAGCAAGGCAUAUGAUAUUCCUAGAAGGAAUUGGAAAUCAAAAGGAGAGAAAAAUGAAAUAGUGGAAGCCAUGAUGGCAAGUUUAUAAUCCUGUCCAUUGUUCAUUUUGAAACAUUAUUAUUUUUUUACUGGUGUAAAUAGUUCAGAAAUCAAAUUCUCUCAAAUACGCUGUGAUAAAGACUAAAGAGUUGCUCUUUCAUGUACAAAGUUAGUUUUCCAAACUGCUGUAAAAAUCCCUAAAUAUCUCUAACUUAAAUUCAU